AUGGGGAAGCAUAAGAAGAAAAGUCGUAAACAUAAACGCGCUAGAUCAGUCAGUAGUUCUAGUACCGUCAGAAGUUCUGACAGUGAGAAUGCCCGAACCCCGUCACCUCUGCCUCCACAACGCAAGAAGAGCAGGAGACUAGAUCGGUCAAGUAAGCCUUUACGCAUAAAUGGACCCGAAACUGUAAGUCACAACAAUACGCCUACUUUGUACAACAUUAUACCCGAGUUUGACCCUCUGAAAGAUGACAUUAAUGCAUGGCUUAGAGUGAUUCAAUCUUACGCAAGUACAUUUUCUUGGUCUGACGAGAUCACCCGUUAUCAGGCUUUGAAUAAACUGAAGGGCUCAGCUAAAGUAUGGUAUGACUCGUUGUUACGCACUGAUCACCAAUGGCCGUCAUGGAAAUGGUCUGAUUGGCAUACUAGGUUGUCUGUUAGCUUUCAAAUUCAAAGGAACAUGUUUGAACUUUUGAAGGAGAUAAUAGAACGAAAACCAGCUGAAAAUCAAUCUCUGUAUGAAUUCUAUUUCGAUCAGAAAUGUAAAAUUGACCGGUUACGUUUAAACUUUUCGGAUCAAGACGUCAUUUCAAUAGUUCUUGGAAAUAUAGGCGACGGAAAUAUUGAAUCCAAUACAUUUAAUUCGUGUGAUCAGUUCGCAAGUUAUUUGCAUAGUCGGACAUACAAAGCAAAAAAACAAACAAACGUUUCACUUCCAAAGGCAAAUCACGUUCAGUCACCUGUCGUUAACACUUCUAGUAAUGCAAGCGUAGCUACAACGACAAGUCGAGCGGUUGCGUCGGGUUCUGUCGGUUCCGUUUCAAACGAGAAUAAUUCACAGGCGCGUAAAACAAUCAAAUGUUUCUUAUGCGGCGGAAAUCAUAAGCGAAUGCAUUGUGACAUAAAGUGUGAGUUUUGCGGGAUAAGAGGACAUAUUGAAUCUACAUGUAAUCGAAAGAAAAAUGUUAAAACGGAACAGAAAUCUGAAAAACCCGAUGUAAAAUUUGUGUCAUCUUCAAAUUCUCGAAACAAGUUCGUGAAGAAGGUAGUUCUAAAUAAUGUUUUGGUUCACGAUGCAUUCAUAGAUCCGGGAAGUAGCUGUUCGAUUAUAUCACAGUCAUUAGUAACGAAACAUUGUUUACAGACAGCCGAGUUGCCCUCGCCAGUGACUUUGAACGGGUAUAAAGAACAUUCGUCAAAAAGGCUCAGGACCGCUUCGGCCUCAGUUUCAUUUCGGCAACUUCUUAAGUAGUUCUCAUUCGCAUUUGGUCUACUGUUCCGAUUCGCCAGCAUUCCUAUAUCGUCACUUUCUUAUCUCGCCCGCUUUCUUACGUGGGCCACUGUAGUAACUUGGUUAUAUUCCUAAUUAGACUACAGUGCCGAUUCGUCAACACUCCUAAUUCGUCCAUAGUGCUUACUCGUCAACAUUCCUAUUUAGACCACAGUGCCAACUCGUCAACUACAUAGCAGCCCUAAUAGUACAUCAUCAUUAUCAUCAAAGUUAUCUUUAUGGUUAAGGACAAGUGUGACAACAGCAAAUACUAAUUGUAACUGCCGCAUACUAGCUGGAAAAUAGCACUUAAGAAGAUAUGAAGUGCACAUUGACAUUAAUUUUAUCUAUGAUUCAAUGACACACAUAAGUCAAUUCAGUCAGUCGCUGAAUCAAAAACUUCCAACAGUAAAAUGUCGAAUUUAUAUAUUACUAAAUCUCAGAGAGGCCGUGAUUUGCUUGUUGUAGGCAAUAAAUACACGUACACUAAAAGUUCAGAGAAUGUAAAUUCUUCAAGGUGGAGAUGCACAAAUAGAUGGGAAUGUUCAGCGUCAUUAACUUUAGAUCGAGAUCAAAAAAGAAUUAUGCGUGAAAGCCUACAUAUGUGUCGUCCAGAUAAAACAAAAUUAAAGGUGCGACAAAUGAUUGCAACUGCCAGAGAAGAAGUUUGCCAGAAUUUAAAGUCUGUACAAGCAGUCUACGAAGAGAUAGUGGAAAAAACGAAACACGACAUUUCUCCGCAGCAUGUUCCACCAUAUAUGUCCGUAAAAAGCAGUUUAUAUAGAAUGCGUAAAAAAUAUCUGGAAACUGAUAAACUUAUCUUUAGACAUUUAAGCGAGGUAAAAGUGCCAAAAGGAAUGGAUAGCAAGUUUCACGUGAUAGAGGAUGGUGAUGAUGACAAAAUUAUCAUCUUUUGUUCAUUUCUUUCAAAAACCAUUAUAGAAACGAAAGUAAAUGGUUCCUAUUUCGGGGACGGUACG